GUUCGUCAAAAUAACUUACAUAACGUAAAACUUGAAUUCAUCGUGUGUGUUGUGAAUUCAAGUUUUUAUGGAUUAUCAAUAAAGUACAAUUUUAGCAUCAAAUUAAAGCAUUUACUAAUAUUCAUAAGUUAUAAUUACGCUUAAAAAACAAUAUAAAAAUGCAACCAGUUGCUCAUUUAGUAAAAGUAUCCUUACCAAACUACCUGUCAAGUCUUCCUAUUCCGGAUUCAAUUGGAGGAUGGUUCCGAUUAGGAAUUCGUGAUUGGUUAGCUUUGAUUCCGCCAACUGCAGUUACGGUCGGUGCUGGAUAUGUAGUAUAUAAAGCAUUUUGUCCUAAUGCUAGACCUAAAAUCUGUGUUAAUUAUAAGGUAAAAAAGAAUAUUGCCAAAGUGGUAGAUACUGUUGAAGUAGAAGAUAUCGCCGAUAAAGCUGUAUUUUGUCGCUGUUGGAAAUCACAAAACUGGCCGUACUGUGAUGGAGCACAUGGCGCACACAAUAAAGAAACCGGUGACAAUGUUGGCCCAAUUGUCGUGACACAUAAAAAAUAAAUACCACACAAUGUAUAUUUUAAAUAGAUACAAUUUAUAAUUAUUAUUAUUAUUAUGCGGGUCAUUUUCAAGUUCUUUUUUGGGCAUAGUGCAGGUACAGGGUCCAUCGUCUAAGUUAUACAAAAAUCUAUUAAAUGUUAGUAAAUGAAAUAAAUUGAAAAAACAUCUCUCUAUAUAUACUUGAAAAAUCUGAAUUUAAUGUAUUCAGAAUCAAAAUAUAAAUAUAAAUUUGCUGUAAAUGUU